UUCAAGAAUUGGUUAGGUAACUUGGUUAAUAUUAACAUUACCUAUAUUAUAUAUGAGUGGAGUAUGUAUCAAUUCAACUAAUUUGAUAUUAAAAUGAGAGAUACUGAAGUCACAAAGUUUUUAGUGUCGUUCAAUGGUCAAAUAGAAUAUGUAUUAUUUCCUGCCGGUGUUUUUGACGAUCAACUGUAUCUUCAAUACGAUAUAGUAUGGGGUCCAGAUUGGGAACCAAUAUCUGGUUUAUCUUCUGGUACGAGUCAAAUUGCAAGUUCGGGCAAUGAUCCUGAGAAAGUUGUGUUUAAUUUACCUAUAGAAAUGGUUUUUGGUAGCACCAAUGUGUAUGGAUGGCCACAGCUUAUAGUGACAGUGAGAGUUAAAACUUUUAUCAUGGGUGAUUGUCUCCGAGGCUACGGUCUCUUCCUCCUGCCCCCAAUUACUGGUAAUCAUCAAGUGGAGGCUUCUCUAGUACGGCCAAGAUCUGCAACAAUUUUAGGAGAAUGGGUGUCUUGGUUGACGGGCAAGAAACCUGAAUUGGCGGAUCCGAAGAUGCUUGCUAGUGGGAAGGAUAAUUAUUUGCUACGGACGGAGUCAUACGGCAGUGUUGUUAUGAAGAUGAACAUGUUAUCAAAAGAUUUGAGAAAACUAGGAUAUGAUAAUCAACCACCGGCGAAAAAUUAUUCUGAAAUAUUACAUUAGGAUUGUACGAAUUUAUCUUGAAUGCCUCAAUUUACCUGGCAUAUGCACUAUUUCUUAUUCAUUAUUUUAUGUAAUAAAUAUGAUUACCUAUAGUAGUUACUUAGAUAAGUAAG